AUGCUGAGAGUCCCCCUGUGUCUCCCUCACCUGCUGGGGGGUGCCAGGAGCAGAGCCUGGCAGAUCUACAGGAAGGCUGGCAUCACCGUGUGCUGCUCAUACAGGACUAUAGACCACCGCAAGCCUGGCCAGUAUGUGCCCUCUGGGACCCCAGCCCUGUCUGGCCAGUAUGUGCCCUAUGGGACUCUUACCCACUCUGGACAGUAUGUGCCCUCCAGGACCCUCACCUCACCUGGACAGUAUGUGCCCUCCAGGACCCUCACCUCACCUGGACAGUAUGUGCCCUCCAGGACCUCCACCUUGCCUGACCAGCAUGUGCCCUCCAGGACCCUCACCUUGCCUGACCAGCAUGUGCCCUCCAGGACCCUCACCUUGCCUGACCAGCAUGUGCCCUCCAGGACCACCUCCUUGCCUGUCUCCUGGCCAGCUUGUUCUUCUUCCAGCCACAGGUUGUAUAGCACAUCACCUUCCAGCCAGGCAGGGCCGGACUCUGAGCCCAAGGGUGAGGAGGGCUCAGAAAAAAGUGGCAAGAGCCUGGCCUCGCAGGAUGUCAAGAGGCUGCUGGCCCUGGCCCAGCCGGAGAAGUGGAGGCUCUCAGCGGCGCUCGGAUUCCUCACCGUGUCCAGCGUCAUCACCAUGUCGGCGCCGUUCUUCCUGGGGAAAGUCAUUGACGUGGUCUAUUCCAACCCCUCGGGGGACUUCUCCUCCAGCCUGACCACACUGUGCGCCGUGCUGAGCGGAGUCUUCCUGUGCGGAGCCGCCGCCAACGGGGCCCGCGUCUACCUCAUGCAAACCUCAGGUACGAUGGAGCCCUCCCCCCCCAUGGGGAGGUUGUUCCGGAUCUUUGGAUAAAUCGACAAGACGCGGACCGGAGAGCUGAUCAAUCGGUUGUCAUCGGACUGCGUUGUGAUCGGAAGGUCGGUCACGGAGAACCUCUCGGACGGGCUCAGAGCGGUGGCGCAGGCCGCGGUUGGAGUCGGGAUGAUGUUUUUUGUGUCUCCACAAUUGGCCACCUUUGUGCUGAGCAUCGUCCCCCCCCUGGCGGUGGUCGGAGUGAUCUACGGCAGAUAUUUACGGAAAGUCUCCAAACUGACCCAAGAUUCUCUGGCGGAAGCCACCCAGCUGGCGGAGGAGCGUAUCAGCAAUGUGAGGACGGUCCGGGCCUUCGGGAAGGAGAUGCUUGAGAUGAAGAAGUAUGACCGUAGAGUGGAUUAUGUCCUGGACUUGGCUUAUAAGGAGGCCAUCGCUCGGGCCGGCUUCUUUGGCAUAACCGGAUUAUCGGGGAAUCUCAUUGUCCUGGCCGUGCUGUACAAAGGAGGUCUUCUAGCUGGAGCCGCACAGAUGACAGUCGGUGAACUCUCCUCUUUCCUGAUGUACGCCUUCUGGGUGGGGAUCAGCAUCGGCGGGCUCAGCUCGUUCUACUCGGAGCUCAUGAAGGGGUUUGGUGCCGGCACUCGUAUCUGGCAGCUGCUGGACCGGAAGCCGGAGAUGGCUUUUAAUGAGGGAGAGAUUAUUACACCGGAGAAGUUCAGAGGUGCCCUGGAGUUUCACAAUGUCACCUUCAUGUACCCCAGCCGCCCCGAGGUUCCUAUCUUCCAGAGUCUCGACCUCUCCAUUCCCUCUGGAUCUGUGAUGGCCGUGGUGGGUCCAAGCGGUUCUGGCAAAUCUACUUUGGUUUCAUUGCUGCUGAGACUGUAUGAUCCCAACUCUGGUUCCAUCCACAUUGACGGUCACGAUGUGCGUCACUUGAAUCCACUCUGGUUACGCUCCAUGAUUGGGACAGUCAGUCAGGAGCCGAUCCUCUUUUCUUGCUCCAUCUCAGAGAACAUUGCGUACGGGGCAGAAGACCCGUCCUCCGUCACCCAGGAGGAGAUCCGGCGUGUCGCUGACGUCGCCAAUGCGCUGAACUUUGUAGAAAACUUCCCCAAAGGAUUUGAUACCAUGGUCGGGGAGAAAGGCGUGCUGCUGUCAGGUGGCCAGAAACAACGAAUCGCCAUCGCCCGGGCACUUCUCAAGGAUCCCAGAAUUCUCCUCCUGGAUGAAGCAACAAGCGCAUUGGACGCAGAAAACGAAUUCCUGGUUCAGGAAGCUCUGGACCGGCUGAUGGAAGGGCGGACGGUCCUCAUCAUCGCUCACCGCCUUUCCACCAUCCAGAACGCAGACAAGGUCGCCGUCAUUGACCACGGCCGGGUGGUGGAGUGCGGCGAACACGAGCAGCUGCUGAAGAACAGAGACGGACUGUUCAGCAAACUUAUGGACAAGCAGGCCAGCCUCCUGCGCAGCAGAGACGCCAUCCUCACCGCACAGUGAUGACUCCCUCGGAGGG